AUGUUCAAUAAUACAAAUAACACCACAAACAACAACUCUUCUUCAUCAAACAACAUCAACAACAGCAAUAAACAGUCUUUUGCAAAUAAUAAUUCUCGUCAAAUAUCAUCUUUAACAUCUUCUUCUUCUUCUUCUUCAGCUCCUCAGUUUCAACAACAGUUCCCACAGUUCUCUCACAUCUCUCAUCAACUCUCUUCAUCAUCUACUACUACUUCUUCUUCUUCUUCUUCUUCUUCUUCUUCUUCUUCUUCUAAUGACCGCAUCGCAUCUUCUCAGUUUAUUGCCCCACAGCCUUCGUCACAGCAAUACUCUAAAUCAAGAUACUAUCCUCCUCCCCAGGUAAUCAAUCCUCAUAACCAUCCUCCACAAUCCUUCUCUUUACCUAUCCAAACUCAAGCAUCUCGUUCAUCAAUCAAUAAUAAUAAUAAUAAUAAUAAUAAUAAUAAUACCACUACUACAUCAUCUGCAUCACGUUCUGCUAGAAUCCCCUCAGUAGGAAUCCAAUCAAAUAAUAACAUCAUCUCUGGUUCGGCCCGAGUGGUCCAGCAUCAACAUCCGAUAUCGCAAGAAAUUGCACAAGCUUUGUCCCAAAACCGGCAACAACAACAACAACAACAACAACAACAACAACACCAUCAUCAUCAGCAGCAGCAGCAGCCGCAACAACAACACCAACAACAACAACAACAACAACAACAACAACAACAACAACAACAACAACAACAUCAUCAUCACCAUCAUCACCAUCAUUCUUCCUCCUCCUCCUCGUCUAAUUCUAAUUCAUCACGCUCUCCAAUGGUAACAAACCCUUUAGCAAGCUUUAAAUCAAGAAAAGACCGCACAAGAAAGCGGCUCCUGGAUUCAUACGAAAUCAUGGGUUAUAUUGCAGCUGGUACCUAUGGAAAAGUAUACAAGGCAAAGUCUCAAAAUCCAGAAAUGAAAUCACGAUUGUUUGCUAUCAAAAAAUUUAAGGCUGACAAGGAAGGAGAAAUUGUUCAUUAUACUGGUAUUUCACAAUCAGCAUGCCGUGAAAUGGCCCUGUGUCGUGAGCUACGUCAUAAAAAUGUAAUUAACUUGGUUGAAAUUGUUCUCGAAGACAAGUCCAUUUUCAUGGUUUUUGACUUUGCUGAACAUGAUCUUCUUCAAAUCAUUCAUUACCAUACCCACCCAGACCGCAAACCUAUUCCAGAAUCUACAAUGAAGUCUGUACUUUGGCAAAUCCUUAAUGGUGUAUCUUAUCUUCACCAAAAUUGGGUCCUCCAUCGUGACUUAAAGCCCGCAAAUAUUAUGCUCUCCUCGGAUGGAAUUGUUAAAAUUGGAGAUUUGGGUCUUGCACGUUUAUUUAGUGACCCCCUUCAAUCCUUUUUUAGUGGUGAUAAGGUGGUUGUUACCAUUUGGUACCGUGCCCCAGAGCUUUUACUAGGUGCAAGACACUACACACCAGCCAUUGAUUUAUGGGCUGUAGGUUGUAUUUUUGCAGAGUUACUUGCCCUUAAACCUAUUUUCAAGGGAGAAGAGGCCAAAAUGGAUAACAAAAAAAACGUGCCCUUUCAACGUAACCAGUUUCAAAAAGUCGUUGAUAUCCUUGGCACUCCUACCAUUGAUAAAUGGCCUUCACUCUCUAAAUACCCGGAGUUUGCUCAAUUCCAGCUACUUAAAAAAUGUCCAUGCCAUCUGGAUGCAUGGUACCAAAGCCACAUUCUUUCAGCUCCUAACCAACGUGCUUUCCAUCUUCUUGCAUCACUCUUGGAAUAUGACCCAGCCCGCAGAAUCACAGCCCAUGCUGCCCUUGCUCACCCAUACUUUUCGGAAACUCCUCGUGUUUCUGAAAAUGUUUUCCAAGGCCAACGCUAUGAAUACCCAAGCCGCAGAAUUUCAAAUGAUGAUAAUGAUAUCAAGUCUAAUGUUAUUUACUCAUCCUCAACUGCACAUAAACGACCAGCACCAAAUAACGCUGCUGCUGCCGCUGCCGCCGCUGCUGCUGCUGCUGCCAUGGCUGAUCAAGACCUUAUGCAUGCUAGAAAACGUCAAAAAUAA